CUACAAUCUACAUUCAGUAUAUAAUAGUAUAUACAUUAUAUUAUGCAUUCAACUAUUCUACAAUCUACACUAUAAUAUAUAUCAUGCCACCAUGUUACACUUUCAUAUCAACAUGAUACAAAUCCCUUUCCGUAUUAGGAGUCAAUUCAUUACCAUAAAUGUCGUUAACAACGAAUCUUUUAUCAUUAAUCCCUUUCCGUUCGGCUAUCGCGAUGAGCCAAAAUGACAAUUAACUUACACGCAAAAAGGGCCAAAUCCCAAGGCACAAGAGACGUACGUCUCCCGCGGCCAGAGCAAAUGCUGGCCGGACCGGAUUAUCGAUCCCACCUCCGCUAGGACUCUCAUCUUACUAAUUCAUCAUUAUAAGAAAACCCUAGACUCUCCUACUCUAAACUACUAACUAAAUACAUCACCAUGAUCAUCAAUCAGCCGGCGGCGUCGGUAGUACUUCUGGCCACCAUGGUACUAAUCAUCAUGAUGGCACGGCCGGCGGUCCAGGAGGAGAGGAUUCACGUGUCCAACAAGCUGAGCAGCAAGAUACUGAUAGCGCAUUGCCACUCGAAAGACGACGAUCUCGGGGCUCGUGCCAUCCCCCUCGGCGAGGAGAUCAGCUGGAAGUUUGGGGCGACGGCAGGGACACUUUUCUGGUGCAACCUCGCGGUCGAAGAUAGGCGUCUCUCUUUCGUGUCGUACGAUUCAUGGGACGCGAGUAAGGACAGCGAGUAUUGGGAUGUGAGGGAGGAUGGGGUCCAUGGGACGCGAAUGGAUGGUGGUGGAGGAAUUUUUGUGGGUGGAUGGAGGCAAAUUUAUUGAUUUUUAGCUUAGUUUAAUUUGGAGGAAGUACUUAUGAAUAUAAAUGAUUUUGGAUUUGAUUCAAGGGUUGACCGGAUGAGGUGGUUAGAUAACAUUGUUAAUCUGGUGACUAGGAUGUGUUUAGUCAAAUGACUUAAGUCAUUUUGAGUCCUUAGAUCAUUUGUGUUGACACCUAAAAUUAAUUUGGCCUGAAUUAAAUGCCGCAUUAAUUAGUCUCGGCAUUUAAUUCGAUACCGUGGGUAAAAAACGGUGUCGUUUGGAGUUGAGCGGCAUCGCGGAGAGUUAAAACGGUACCGCGAAGCAGAAAAACGGUACCGCAAGGAAGCUCACUGGAAACGAUACCGAAAAACAAAAGGGGCCGCGCGUGUAGUUGGGUUGGAGAAGGGAGUUUUAUAAUUAAUUAUUACCAUUAUUCCUUGUCGGAAGAGGAAAAUCGGUACCGCAUGGAGAAUUAAAACGGUACCGCAAGGAAGCUCACCAGUACCGCAAGGAAGCUCGACGGUACCGCGACAUGGGAAACGACACCGCUUAAUAUAAAAAAGGGGGGCUGCGCGUGUAGUUGGGUUGGAGAAGGGAGUCUUAUAAUUAAUUAUUUCCUUUAUUCCUUGUAGGAAGGGGAAAAUCGGUACUGCAUGGAGAAUUAAAACGGUACCGCAAGGAAGCUCAGCGGUACCGCGGCACCGGUCAUCAGAAAAUAAAAAAAGGACCGUGCGUUUAAUGAAGGUUGGAGGAGGAGUUUUGAUUAUUUAAUUAUUAUUUUUUGGAAGGGGAAAAUCGGUACCGCAUGGAGAUAAGCGGUAUCGCGGAGAGCUAAAGCGGUACCGCGGAUUUAAAAACGGUGCCGCGAGAGCCUGGUAAGCGGUACCGAUUAAUUAAAAAAUCAUAUCGGGCAAGUGACCAAAAUUCACCCGGCCCAGCGCCGACUGCGGCGGUUCCAUGGAUUAAUAUUUUUGGCUAUAUCGGCGGUGUCGUUUAAUUCAAAACGGUACCGCGAGGAAGCUCAACGGUACCGCGGAUUUGCAAACGACAGUGUUUAAAUAAAAAACAAUGUCGCAA